AUGGAGUCAUUCGAAGCAGCCAUCACCAGCUACGGAGUACCAUCCCCGGAGAGAUGUGACCGGGGGGGUGAAAACAACCGUAUCUGGACCUUCCUGGAACGGUUCAGGGGUGGUGAGAGGGGAAGUGCCAUCAGGGGAAGGAGCACUCACAACCAGAGGAUAGAGCGGCUGUGGGGUGACGUCUGGCAUGGAGUCUCCAACGUUUACCAUGACCUGUUCACCUUCUUGGAGACGGAGCAGAUCAUCGACAUCAACAAUUAGUAUUUGUUCGCCCCAGCUUCAACCACCAUCACCUCUCAUGCCACCACCACAGCUCCUCCAACCACCACCACCACCACCUCAGCUCCUCCAACCACCACCACCACAGCUCCUCCAACCACCACCACCACCACCACAGCUCCUCCAACCACCACCACCACCACCACAGCUCCUCCAACCACCACCACCACCACCACAGCUCCUCCAACCACCACCACCACAGCUCCUCCAACCACCACCACCACAGCUCCUCCAACCACCACCACCACAGCUCCUCCAACCACCACCACCACAGCUCCUCCAACCACCACCACCACCUCAGCUCCUCCAACCACCACCACCACCACAGCUCCUCCAACCACCACCACCACCACAGCUCCUCCAACCACCACCACCACAGCUCCUCCAACCACACCACCACACUCCUCCACCACCACCACAGCUCCUCCAACCACCACCACCACAGCUCCUCCAACCACCACCACCUCAGCUCCUCCAACCACCACCACCACCUCAGCUCCUCCAACCACCACCACCUCAGCUCCUCCAACCACCACCACCUCAGCUCCUCCAACCACCACCACCACAGCUCCUCCAACCACCACCACCACAGCUCCUCCAACCACCACCACCUCCACAGCUCCUCCAACGACCACCACCUCAGCUCCUCCAACCACCACCACCACAGCUCCUCCAACCACCACCACCACCACCACAGCUCCUCCAACCACCACCACCACAGCUCCCCCUACCACCACCACCACAGCUCCUCCAACCACCACCACCACCACCUCAGCUCCUCCAACCACCACCACCACAGCUCCUCCAACCACCACCACCACCACCACAGCUCCUCCAACCACCACCACCACCACCACAGCUUCUCCAACCACCACCACCACCACCACAGCUCCUCCAACCACCACCACCACCACCACAGCUCCUCCAACCACCACCACCUCAGCUCCUCCAACCACCACCACCACCUCAGCUCCUCCAACCACCACCACCACAGCUCCUCCAACCACCACCACCACAGCUCCUCCAACCACCACCACCACCUCAGCUCCUCCAACCACCACCACCACCACAGCUCCUCCAACCACCACCACCACAGCUCCUCCAACCACCACCACCACAGCUCCUCCAACCACCACCACCACAGCUCCUUUAACCACCACCACCACAGCUCCUCCAACCACCACCACCUCAGCUCCUCCAACCACCACCACAUCAGCUCCUCUAACCACCACCACCUCAGCUCCUCCAACCACCACCACCACAGCUCCUCCAACCACCACCACCUCAGCUCCUCCAACCACCACCACCACAGCUCCUCCAACCACCACCACCACAGCUCCUCCAACCACCACCACCACAGCUCCUCCAACCACCACCACCUCAGCUCCUCCAACCACCACCACCACCUCAGCUCCUCCAACCACCACCACCUCAGCUCCUCCAACCACCACCACCUCAGCUCCUCCAACCACCACCACCACCUCAGCUCCUCCAACCACCACCACCACCACAGCUCCUCCAACCACCACCACCACAGCUCCUCCAACCACCACCACCACCACAGCUCCUCCAACCACCACCACCUCAGCUCCUCCAACCACCACCACCACCACAGCUCCUCCAACCACCACCACCACCACAGCUCCUCCAACCACCACCACCACCACAGCUCCUCCAACCACCACCACCACCACAGCUCCUCCAACCACCACCACCACCACAGCUCCUUCAACCACCACCACCACCACAGCUCCUCCAACCACCACCACCACAGCUCCUCCAACCACCACCACCACAGCUCCUCCAACCACUGGUGCCGCAGCUCUUUAUUGGUCGGAAGGGGUUAUUGUGCCACAAAUCCAGUUCACCGUCAGCAACACACAGAUGGAACUUUUGCGGACAACAAAUCCAUUGGAAGGCCCCAGAGGCGUUGAGUUGAAUCCAUUGGAAGGCCCCAGAGGCGUUGAGUUGACAUUCUUCAGAGGGUUGUGGCAGUUAUAUCUCCAGCGCCACUACUUCCUACUCAACCUGACGUACUACACCCCUGAUACUCCCCUACUGGGACGAGGGAUCGGACGCUAUAUCUCCAGCGCCAAUCGUUCCUUUGAAUCAGUUCAUUUUUAUAAUACUGUUUGAAAUGUUAACGACUCAUAUUUUUUCAGUCCUUUUGAAUCAGUUUAUUUUUAUAACACCAAUAAAUAACACCACCAAUUAGGACGCCACCAUCAGUGAACUAUUCUUCAACCAGAGCCUCCUUUGGAAACUUUACCCGAGGUAACACUCCCCGUCUUUCACACACUGUACUACAGACAUCUUCAACCCUUAACAAAGAGUGUCAAGGUCUAUGGCCCCUCGGUGGGUUCAGAGAUAUAUCUAUGUGUUUAGAGUGUCAAGGUGUAUGGCCCCUCGGUGGGUUCAGAGAUAUAUCUAUGUGUUUAGAGUGUCAAGGUGUAUGGCCCCUCGGUGGGUUCAGAGAUAUAUCUAUGUGUUUAGAGUGUCAAGGUGUAUGGCCCCUCGGUGGGUUCAGAGAUAUAUCUAUGUGUUUAGAGUGUCAAGGUGUAUGGCCCCUCGUGGGUUCAGAGAUAUAUCUAUGUGUUUAGAGUGUCAAGGUGUAUGGCCCCUCGGUGGGUUCAGAGAUAUAUCUAUGUGUUUAGAGUGUCAAGGUGUAUGGCCCCUCGGUGGGUUCAGAGAUAUAUCUAUCCAGUGCAGCAGUGGUCCUGACACCGUUGAGGUAACUAGAAAACUUGUGCUGUAGCUGAACUGGGGCGGACCUUGACCAGAGUUGAAGCGAUGAGGGGACACCUUCCCAAAAGCUAAGUACUUCUCCAUUCAACACAUAACCCCGCCUAUCCAUUUACCUUUCAUUUUGAAUGACCCGAUCACACUUUGUUGAUUUCCCUGUUGAGUUGUGGAUUUAUCUACUAUUAUUCAUUAUUGUUUUUCUCUUUGCCGUUACUGUAUUCCUGCUUUUGGAAACCCUUUCCACCCUCCCCCCUUAUUUCACUGUAUGAUUUGGUCUCUAGAAAUCUUCAACUCUAAACUGACCAGAGUUUAGACAGAGGUGGCCUUAACAAAAGCGAAGUACUUCCCCAUUCCAUUUAGAUUGUGUUUGGUCAUAUUUGGAGAGAGUCUGGUACUUUUUAAGAUAUAUACAGCCUAUGUUUGAGGUCUAUUGUAUUUUGCUCUAUGUCACUUUACCACAACAGCCCCGUCUGCUCAGCUACAGCACGACCCCAGGAGAGGCCCACUGCAAGCACUGGAUUGGAGCCUUCAGAGCGUGCCUGGGGAGGACAGCACGACCCCAGGAGAGGCCCACUGCAAGCACUGGAUUGGAGCCUUCAGAGCGUGCCUGGGGAGGACAGCACGACCCCAGGAGAGGCCCACUGCAAGCACUGGAUUGGAGCCUUCAGAGCGUGCCUGGGGAGGACAACAGAACAUUCCGAAUGGACAUGAUUAA